AUGGAAAGUGAACAGGUAUGAUAUUAAAUGACAAAUUUUAGAAAGAGAAUUGCUAACCUUUAUUGAAAUAAAGAUAUGAACCCUUCUAAUUCGAAGAAACAAAAGAAAUUGUUGAGAUUGAAUAGGAAAACAAGUUUGAUUAAUUUAAAGACUUUUUGUUUGGAAUACAAAUAUAAAAGAGUUAGAGAGAUGUAUAUUUGGAUGGGAAAGUGAAUCCAAUUAACAAAUAGAACAAUUUUAUAAAAAACUCAAAAUAAAAUUGCAUAUACAUUUUUACCCAUUUUACUUGUAAUUGAUGGAACCAGUUUAAAAUACUGCACUUACAUAUUUUGAGGAAUUAUUUUUUACAAUCGCUACAAAGAGAUAAUCUGUUGUUUGUUGUAGAUGUUCUGGAACUUAAAAAGCUUAAGUUACAGAAUGCAUGAAAUUUUGUUCAAAAAAAGUAGGUAUAAUUUCAUAAUUAUUAUCUUUAUUAGAGAUGGUGGUAAUGAUAUAGGUAUGAUUUAACCUGCAGAUGUUGGAAUUGGUUUAGAAGGUAAAGAAGGGAAAUAAGCUGCCUUAGACUCUAAUUUUUCUAUAGUCAAAUUUAAAUAUUUGAAUGUUUUAUUAUUAUAGCGUGGCAGAUUAUCAUACAAAGGAGUGCCUUAUUAUCAUAAUUUGUUAUUCUAAGAGGAUUAAUCAUUUCAGUAAUUCAAGCUGUUUUUAUGUUUGUGUUCUACUUUUUGUCUAUUAGUAUUUUUAGUGGUAGAUUAUUACUUUGGUAUUCUACUAUUUAUAAGUAUUAAAUUUAAUUAAAAUUUAGACUGUUUCCAGUGUUUUCCAUAAUAUUUGAUGAAGAUGUUGAAAUUAAAUUACUCUUUAAUACCCUCCACUUUAUAGAUCUUUAAAAAAAAAGCUAGAGAUCUAAAGACAUUUUUGGUUUGGGUUUGGAAAUCUAUGUUUUAAGGAGUAAUAAUUAUAUUUUUGAUUUUGGCUAUGUUUAAGAAAAUAUUUUUGGAAAUAGAAACAGUUGCUUUUAUUCUUUGCAUUUUGUCAUGAAAAAAUCUAAUGUUUCAUCAGCAGUUAUUUACAUUUUAUCCAAUAUGUGGUUCGAAAAUCAAUUAUUGGUUUCAGUUAUGACCUUUUAUUCUUUCUUUAAUGAAAUUGUAAUUAUACUGGUCAUUGAUCUCCUCGUUUUAUUGCCUAAAAGAUAUUAAAGAAAUUUGAUACAUCAGAUUAUGAAAAGAUCAUGGCUAAUGUAAAAAGAGAAUUAAUCAAUACCAAAAUUUUUAAGUGAUUGUUAAAAUCUUAUUUAAUUUAACACAAAUUGUUGUUUUUUUGUUAUAUACAUUUUAUACUUCUAUAUAAUUUUAUUAGUUUUAAUAUUUAAAAUAAUAUAAAAUAAUAAAAUAUACAAUUUAUAACUGUUAUUAAACAGAACUUAUUAAAAUUACAUUAUCAAGUUCAAGAAUUUAAUUCUAUGAUACAUUUUUUAUUAAAGAUCUCUAGUAGCAUUCAAAUCUAAUAUUAAUUUUAUGAAAGAAUCUUUUAAAUUAUUUACCAUAAUAAUAAUAAUAACAAAGUAUAAAAAGUGUAAGAAAUGACUUAAUAACUGUCUCAUUAGUGGGCUGGGAUGGUUCAGAAAUAAAUGGCUGAAAAAUUACUAAAUGAGAAUCAAUAAAAAUAUGAUUAAUUGUAAAGGAAAUAAAGAUACAAGGAAGAAUUGGAAACAGACAUGAAAUUGAAAUAAUAAUAAAAAAUAAUUUAACAUCAAUAAGAUUAGUAAUUAGAAUCUUAGAUGUUAGAAACUCUUAGGUAAAGAGAAUCUAAGAAAUUAAAAGAAAUGGAACAAAGAAAAAUUAAACAAAUUGAAACUAGUUUAGAGAAUCUCAAUCAUUUAUUAAUUCGAAAAAAAAUGAACUAAGAGAGAUCAUAUUAAAGUUUAUUGCUCGAAUAAGAAGAUAUCAAGUAAGAAAAAUUAAAAGAGAUAAAAAGUUUAGAAAGAAUUAAAAUUCAUAAGGAUGAAGAAUCAAGAAAACUACGCGAAAAUUAUGAUUCUGUCAUACAAUAAAAAUUGAACUAAAAAUAAUAAAUUAAAUCAAAGUUAUUAUUAGUUCAAGAAACUGAUCCAGAUUAAUAAAUUCAAAUAUAGAGAGGAGAUGCAUAAUCAUACUAAAUUGAAUUAAGCAAAUAAUUAGAAGAAAAAAAAAGAAAAAUACUUGAAAUUUAAGCUAAA